AUGGAUUAUGUGCUUGUAGUCCUACUCAUAACAACAUGCUUUACCAAUGCUCAUGAUGCAUCAUUUACUCUUCAGGUCAAUCGAAUUCUUUACAAACGAACGGCUAUCGAGAAUACGUUGAAAGAUAAUCCAGACUCUCCAUGUCGUAACGGUGGUAUCUUUGCAAAUCAGAAAUGUCAUUGUAUACAUCCACACACAGGACCAACUUGUCAGGAUUUUGCUUGUGUGCAUGGUUUAUCAGUCGGUCCGCGCUUUGAUCCAAACAGUUUAUUCUUCAGUCGGCCAUGUAUUUGUAAUGAUGGUUGGCAAGGAGAACUAUGUGAUCUACGUUUAACAGAUAAAUGUAACCAACGUGGUCAAUGGGUAAACAAUACUUGUCAAUGUGUUGGAAGCUUCUUUGGUGAUUACUGCCAGUACACAAGUCGUUGUGAUUUUGGACAAAUAAGGAACGGAAGAUGCAUUUGUCAGCGUCAUUUCCAUGGAGAUUAUUGUGAGAAGGCUGUUUGCUAUCAUGGAUAUGCUGACAUCGCUAAUCAUUCGAGAUCAUGUGUAUGUCCAGCUAAAUACAAAGGUGUUCACUGUGAUCAGUGUUAUCAAGUUGGUCGUCACAUCCUACCUUAUCCACACUGUGUUGUUGAUUUCGUUGGGCAGCAGAAGGUUACUCGUAAGAAAACACUUCAUCAGAAUAAAUCUCGUAUGUAUAUAAUCACAGGAGCCAUCCUUUUCCUCACAGUUGUUGGAAUUGCAAUGUUCAUCCUUCAUCAAUGGCAUCAAAAAAGAAAGAAUCCUCAGCUAGAAGAAAUACGAAUGAAGGAGUUGCAAGAUCGGCAGGCGAUGCUGACUAAGGCAGCAAUGGAGUGCAACCUAGUACCAGGUUCAGCACAAAAUUCCAUAAUAAAGAGAGAGAGGAGACGUUCUUUACCAAAUUUAUUCAAAUUAAGAAGAAACUCAAGUUCAGGACCUAAUCUAUUCCGGGUUAAAACAGAUUUUCAAGUUACCCAAGUUACAAAACUAGAAGACGAAUCAGAAGCUUAG